AUGGACGUGAUCGCUGGGAGGAAGACUGGAGGACAGAUCCGUGGUGACAUUCUGCUCAAUCGCCACCCAGCUACCGACCUUGCUAUCCGUCGAGCCACCGGUUACUGCGAGCAGAUGGACAUCCAUUCGGGGGCGUCUACCUUCCGUGAGGCACUUACGUUUAGUGCCUUCCUGCGUCAAGGUGCUGAGGUGCCAGAUGCCCAGAAAUACGACUCCAUUAUUCGUGGUAGCUCCACGGAACAGAUGACGCGACUGACUAUCGGUGUGGAGUUGGCAGCCCAGCCCAGUGUGUUGUUCCUGGACGAACCGACGAGUGGUCUGGACGCGCGUUUUGCCAAGCUCAUCAUGGAUGGCGUUCGCAAGGUGGCAGACACGGGUCGAACUAUCGUGUGCACAAUUCACCAGCCUUCAGCAGUUGUGUUCAGGGUGUUUGAUAGCUUGUUGUUGCUUAAGCGCGGAGGCGAGAUGGUGUUCUUCGGCGAUCUUGGAGAGAAGGCGUCGAACUUGGUGACGUACUUUGAGUCGAUGGACGGUGUCUCCACGCUGGAAGUUGGAAACAAUCCUGCGACGUGGAUGUUGGAGGUGAUCGGUGCUGGCGUGGGGAACGAUAGUAGCGCCAAGAUGGAUUUUGUGGAGAUAUUCAAGUCGAGCGAGCAAUACCGCUGGCUGGAGACAAAUCUAGAUUGCGAGGGGAUCACGCGCCCGUCGCCCUCUACACCAGCCAUAACAUUUGGAAAUAAGCGAGCUGCGAGCAGCUGGACGCAGGCAAAGUUCUUGACUAAGCGAUGGUUUGACAUGUACUGGAGAACGCCAUCAUUCAACUUGACGCGAGUUAUCGUAGCUGUGGUCUUGGCUGUGUCACUAGGUGUUUCGUACUUGGAUACGGAAUAUGAUUCCUAUCAGGGCGUCAACUCGGGCAUGGGUAUGGUCUACAUGGCUGCGGUUAACAUGACCAUCAUCACUUUCAACGGCUCUCUGCCUAUCACCUGCAAAGAGCAAGCGUCUUACUAUCGCGAGCGAGCCUCAGAAACCUUCAACGCAUUUUGGUACUUUAUCGGUGCGACUUUGGUCGAGAUUCCGUAUUGUUUUGGCACAACACUGCUUUUCAUGGCGAUUUUCUAUCCUAUGGCGGGCUUUACGGGCGUCGCUGCAUUCAUGACCUUCUGGCUCAAUCUUUCGUUGAUUGUGCUGCUAAUGUCGUACUUCGGACAGUUCCUGGCUUUCCUUCUACCAAGUCUGGAAGUGGCAUCCGUUUUUAUGAUAAUUGUCAACAUUAUCUGCACUCUAUUCGCGGGCUGUAACCCUCCGGCUGUAUCGAUUCCACGUGGCUACAAGUGGCUACAUCCCAAACAAACGGCAAUCAACGAGGCUGCCAGCAGAUGA